AUGGCUCCAAUCUUCGUGGCCUCCCCCGCAGCUAGUCGAAGAACACGACGCAAGCAACAACGACAGCGAAGACGGCAGUAUGAGAGGAAAAGGCAGGCUGAUUUCUGGUCACGAUGCAAGGCGAACUCUGCAAUUGUUCAGCCACAGAAUUCGAUAGCUGCUGCAUUGUCCACCAACGUUACUCCUACCUCUGCAACACCUCACCAAAGUGGUCAGUCUCAGCCUCAGUUGGAUGGUAUGCUCAAGCCAACCUCGAAUCCUUAUUCGAUCUUGAACGUCGAGAUUCCUUCGCCCGCAAUACACUUUCCCGCUUCGUCGCCACAGCCUGCAGAACCCUACUACCUAGCCGCCUAUCAAGACAUCUAUGGCAUUGGUCACUCUGCUCAUACCGGUCUGCUCACUCCACCACCUGAACCCAAGAUUACAGCGGAAGUCACUGUUGAAACCCCAGUGGCCACGAGCCUGCUCGACUCUAAUCCCAGAGUCCCAACGUCCUGCUGUUUGAUGCAGCCAACAUAUCGAGUUCCAAGCCCGCUGCUAUACCAUCGAAGGAGCAAUGCUACGGCUACAGAUCCCAUGAACGCUCAAGCCCCAAACACGCCUAAGGAGCCAUAUGAUUGGUACAACUCGAAAUGUACUCGAUUAAUGUCUGAGAUUCGUGCUGUUGGACAUCAAGAACAACCAUCUGAGGUACAAGCCAAGCAGGGACAGCCUUUCGUCGCUGCAAGAUUGCCUCUGAUGAGUAGAGCUCUGCCGUCCGAGGACUCGGAUGAAGGUGGUGUGUUAUUGCCUUCGAACAACACUCCCGAGACAAAGACCAUCUUACCUCCUAUCGUCACCACAACCAGUACCUACAUCCUUCCGAAGCCACCGACUUCAUACCGGAUCGAUUCUUCCCACAGCAAUCUAACCUUGACCUCGAACCAGAACCUUGUCUUUCCAAAAUUGACCAUGCCCAGACUUAUCGAACGAAUUUCCGCCAGUACGAAUGCAGAUCGAGCAUUUAGUCAAGCUUCAGCUCCACAGAAUACGGCUCAAACUACAAAACCUGCAACAACGCCUUGUACAACCUGUACUCCAGCCUCAAUAUCAAAAUCAUCAAGAUUGAGGGGAAAUGCUUCGUCAAAUGGCUCCCUUGACACUUGUUUCAAUGUCGUUGCAGCUACUGAGAGCCGAUGUCUUUUAAAUCCUGCUAGCACUACUUCUGCUGAAGCUAUAGAUGGUACACACGCAUUGAGGACACAGCAGCCAGAUCACAGAGAGUCAUCGUCGGUCGCGUGUACGCCUGCAGCAGCACUUCCUCCACCGUUCGGAAUGUGUGCCUGGACUUACUUUAGACCAGAGUAUGGCACAGAGAUUGGAAAGAUGGUCGACUGGAUUUGCGACGACAUCGAGGCUCAGGCUCAGGCUCAAUCAGCCGCCAGCAACCGAGCCGAUGAUCAGCUUGAGAGUGACGAUGUAAAGGAAAGCUCAGCUUCAAACUCUCUCACAGCGUCACAGCUUCUAUCGCAGAACCUGGAAGGUGACGAAGAGGAGAUCUCGGCGCUCCCAAGUGAUGCGAAGGACCUACCACGAACCAUGACUUGUGAAUCCGAAGAGGAAAGUGAGAUCUGCUUUGAGGAAGUAAGUGAAGACGGCGAAGGCUGGUCGUGGGACGAUGAUUUGUGGGAGACUGCUUCACCCAGUCCUGCCAGUGAGGUCGAUACUAUGCUCGGGGUUCUCAGCACCUGGUAG